UUCGCGUCACGCCGUAUUCCUUUAAAGCCGCUGGUUUGAUAGGACCAAUCACUGUUCUGGAAACAGCGGAAGAUGUGCCCGCUAGAGGUCCCGUCAUCCUGGAAGCUUAUAGUAUCAACAUGACAAGUGUCUUUGUACGAUGGAACGAAAGCAGCAUCCCAAAAGAUGACUGGAACGGAAUUCCAAGAGGGUUCCGCGUGCAUGGACGGGGAAAACCAUGCAAGGAAUAUAAUGUGCCUUCACACGAUGUGGGGUUAAACGUGUCUUCAUUCAUAAUCACUGGUUUGCAGGCUUGGGUGGUGUAUAUAGUUAGAAUCAGUGGAGUAACAAGCCCAGGACAUGGGGCGGCUUCUGAAGUUCGAGUGAAGACGAAUGACUCAGUUCCUUCUCGUGGGCCUCAAAAAAUUCGUAUCACCAACACAAGUAAUCACAGCGUGAAAGUCACGUGGGAUAAGGUGCAUAUAUGUCGCGUACACGGACCUGUCGUGUCAUAUGAGGUACACUUUCGAGAUGUGCAGGGUGGGAGCUCAGAUUUAAUGCACAAUGUAACUGUUCCAGCUGAACAGGAGCGAAGGCUAGACUUCACCAAUUUGGAGAUCUACUGGGAAUAUGGAGUUCGCAUUAAGGCUUUUACAACUUUGGGAGUUGGACCAUUGAGCAGCGAAGCCACUGGGAUGACUGAUGAAUGGGUGCCAAUAGUGGCUCCAAGCAAUGUUAUCCCUUCUGAACCAGAAACAACAAGUAUAAAAUUGUCGUGGUAUUUUGAAAACAACGUGCGAGACGUUCUUGGCAUUUUAAAGGGAUUCAGAAUCUUUUACCAACUUGCUAACAGCAGCACUGCACCGAUACAACAACAGGAAGUAGAGAACGUUAGAAUGGCUGACAUAACUGGAUUAGAGAUUUACAGGCUUUAUAAGAUUUCAGUGGCUGGGAAAACGAGGAAGGGUCACGGGGUGAUUAGCGAACACGUGUAUAUGCGUACCUUGGGUACAGCACCUGGUCACCACCCUGUUCCGAUCUAUAUUUUUAAUACAAGUUCCACAAGCCUUCGUGUCACGUGGGGUAAAGUCCCAGACUCCUUUCAUCAUGGCGAGGUUAGGGGAUAUCGCGUUCUCGUGAGAGAAACUGGGUACUCCGGUACAAUAGUCGGAAAUUGUACAGUCCCCCUCAUCACUAACGCCUCAGAAUUCAUAGGUUUGAAAAAGUUUACAACCUACUUGGCUCGUGUUCGCGCUUAUUCCCUCUUUGGGGAGGGGCCAGACGGGUAUGUCACCGCAUCAACAGACGAGGACGUCCCAACUGAAGCCCCAACAGAACUUCAACUGUUCAACACAAGCUCGACCAGUUUAAGGGCAGUCUGGAACCAAGUUCCUGGAUGUUGUCGUCACGGCAUCAUUCGAGGCUAUCGGCUGUUCUUAAAGGACAACUACACUGGAGAGUUUGUACGGAAUGAAACUAAGGCUUCCGAGAUGGACCACUAA